AUGGAUAAAAAUACAAAUAUUACAAGUACAAGUAGACGUGGCUGGGUACAUCCUAACAACAAAAAGACACUAACCGUUCGGUCAGUAUUAAAAGUAAAUACUAUAGCAGGAAGUUUAAAUGGAGGAACAAAGAUUACAAUUGACGGAACUGGAUUUGCCACAAACCAAUACGAUGGUGGCAACACAGUAUUCUUGACAUCAGAUACAGAGGUAGUGGAAUGUAAAGUACAGAAGGAUGGAACAACAGAAGUACAAAUUUUAUGUGUAACAGAACCAGCAAAAGAAGGAUAUUAUUUUGUAAAAGUUAAUGUGGAUGGUGAGGACAUUCCACCAGAAUUCCUCUGUAAGGGUAAUCCAAAACACUCAAGCUGCAGAUUUAGAUAUACCAUUAACAACACUCCAACAAUAACAGAGAUGCAGCAGUCAGCACCACCUGGUGAAGUUAUUGAAAUGAAAGGUAAAAUCAUGUCAGCAGUAUAUGGCAGUAACAUAAUCAGUACAGCAAUAACAAAUAGUAUCAGUGAUCCUAUACUAAGAGUUUAUGCUGCCUUCCAGUUGUGUGAAUUAAAGAUGCCAAAUGAUGUGUUUUAUGGUAUAACAUUAGAUGAUGACGGACUAGCCAAAACAGGCACCUUGAAAUGUAAAAUGACUGGAACCUUCAUAGGUAACAGUAAUGCCAGUAUUAUAGUUGAUGGUCCAUAUGGAAGAACGUUACCAGACCUUGAUCUGCUUCGUGUAUCAGGUAAUGGUGAGAUCUACAUGAUCCAGACGUACGCUGAGGUAACUGGUAUAUCUCCACCAUUAGGGAGUACGGAAGGAGGACUCAGGUUAACUGUUACAGGGAACAAUUUCGAUACAAAUGUUAAAGUUACAAUUGGAGAUACAAUGUGUGAAAUAGAAGGGAAGGUUACUCCUUCCAGCUUUGUGUGUGUAACAGCCAAACAAUCUUCAUCCUCAGCUUAUCCUGGUAAUCGAGGACUCAUUUGGGAAAGAUGGAAUGAAACAACCUCCUCAUUUGCUAAUUUGGUAACCACUAUAGCAGGAUUAUCUGGAGCAGAGCUUGAUUAUAGUACUAGUCAUAUUGAUGAUUUCUUUUUUGAGGAUCAGGGCAAUGGUUUUGUAUCCAGAGUGAAGGGAUUUUUUGUACCUCCUUCAAGUGGAAAGUACACAUUUCAUAUCCUUGGAAACGGUGGAGCCAGACUUUAUUUGACUACAAAUGCUGCAGACACACAAAAUCCUGCAUCAAAGGUUGAGGUAGUAAUCAGUUCCAGCAGUACUACAAGUUAUAGAAACUCAGCUAACAGCUAUCAAUUGACUAAAGGAAUGCUUUAUUAUAUAGAAGCAAUUCACCAAGUAACUUCAGGAUCAGCCAAAUUACAGGUUGCAGCUCGGUUUUUAAACACAGAGUUAUUAAACACCCAAACUGGUUUUGCAAAACAGGAAAGAGUUAGAUUGAACUUUGGAUCAACUGUAGUAAAAGCAGUUCAGACCAUGACCAUAACUGGAUUCUCUUCCAUGAACCAAACUAAUGCUGCCUACCAAGUACAGGUGACAGAACAAAGUGGUGGCUUUACUGAUGCUACAUACCAGCUCUGUAUAUAUAGCUCAUGUACAGAACCCUUGACGACUUCAGCUGAUAAUACAGAAGUUGAGGCUUCUAUGAAUGAUCUUGCUUUCUUAGAGACAUCUGAGUCCUUCACAGUAGCAGCUGCACCCACCACUCCACAACCAGGGACUCUACUAACAAUUACCUUCAACUCAGAACGAGGAGGACUUGGUGGAAUUCAAAUCAUGACAACACCAGGCAGUAGUGGGGAAACCCUGGCAGCAACUGGUAGCCAGACCACUUUAGGAAGCCCUAGUGGUGAUUUCCUGGCUGUAUUACAUACUGGUUUAACUGUUCCCUCUCCUCUAUUUAGUCCAACUGCUUCAGCUCAACAGGUGGAAACUGCAUUGAGUAUUAUGUAUGGUACCAGAUGCUCCAAAAAGCUGAAAAAUCCAGUAGGUAAAAGUCGACAUUAUACUUUUGAAACAUCCAUUCCUACUGGUUUUGGUGGAAUGUUGACCAAUAAAGUGGAACCAUUUUGUGGACAAAAGGUUGUAAGGAACCCAAGCUAUCUAUUUAGAGAUAUGGUGGCGACUAGCAAAGGACUAUUUUUAACAACUAGUGUAUUUUUGGUCUGCUUUGCUUAUCGUGGAAAUGAAAUUCAGAGCAGAAUUCGUCUAUCCUACACUUACCAGAAUGAUAUGUUAGAGUACACAUACACCUAUUAUGAUGUACCUGUUACGUUAAAUACAGACGAAGGAUGGCACCUUCACUGCUUAGACAUGAAAGCUGCACUAAGUCAACGACAUGCCAUGCCAAAUCAACCAGCUGCUCUUAAAUUCUACGUUAAAGAAAUUAGAGUGUUUAAACAGGGUAUUGUCCAGGAAUUCUUUAUUGAUGAUGUGUACAUUGGAAGGAAAGCUCCUGUUGAUGAUUUAGAUAAAGUAAAUGAGUAUAGAAUUUUACCAUCAAAACCAAACAAUGCCUUGAUGGAAUCAGUAUCUGUUGUUUCACCUUCAAUUGGUGUUUAUGAAAUAACUUUUACACCUCAUGAUUGUGGCUACAAUUUCCCUGCACUAACACCAGUUAUUCCCCUUGUUACUGGCGGCCAGGUGGCAGUAUCCCGGACAACCGAGGCAUCACCACCAUUGACAGGAACAUACGAUGUUGAAUUUAAUGGUGAAACUGUAACAGGUAUUGACUACAGUCUAGAAAAUGAAUUGUUAGCAGAUGAACUGGAAACCAUACCAGGAAUUGGUAAUCUAGGUGUUAAACGGUCAGGAGACUGUGCUAACUUUAAAUAUGACAUCACAUUUCUGUCUCGUCCUGGAGAUGUCCCACCUUUGAAUAUUGAUGGUAGUGGUAUAAAUGGAGUUGGUGUUGUAGUAACCUCACAGAAAAUAGAAGAUGGUGGAUUGUGGUUUGGUCCAAUUUUUGGAGAGUUUUUAAGAACAUUCCAUUUAAAACCUCAGGUUUCUGUUGUUGUUAACGAUAUCCCGUCCCUUUGUGACGGUGACUGUACAUUUGAGUGGUCAUCAACAAGUACACCUUCAUUAACUCCAAGUAGUCUUACUUCAGGAGUGUCCGGUACAAAUAUCACUAUAACUGGAUCAGGAUUUGAUACUUCACCGGAAAAUAACAUUGUAAUGAUUGGAGAUGUUGACUGCUACACAUUUGAAGCAAAAGCUGAUGGGACAGAAAUCCAGUGUACUGCAGGCGAGGGUCCUAGAAAUUUAGAAUUUAUAACAGUGAGAGUGAUUGGAAAAGGCUAUGCUACUGGAAGGAAGAUAUUUAUUUUCACUAUGAGUUUGACUGAUUUUUCACCAUUAACAGUCAGUUUAGGAGGUGGUACACUACUUGAUGUAAAUGGAGAGGGAUUUGCUGAAAAUGUUGCAAUUUUUGUCAAUGAGGUUCCAUGUGUAGUGGUUGAAGGGACAACACGAUUAGCUAGAUGUAUUCUUCCAGCACUGCCAGCAGGAGGUUAUUUUGUUAAAGUGAUAAGUGGAGGACUGACUAUCUUAUCUGCUGCAUCUAUACAGUAUGAUGCUUCUACUACACCCAUGAUAACCAACGUUAGUCCUACCACAGAGGGAGUAGUAGGUGGUUCUCAACUGACCAUUACUGGUUCUGGGUUUUCUAAUAGUGGAACUCUUCGUAUUGGAGAUACAGAACUACCAGAUGCUGUAUUUACAGACACUACCAUCACUGCUACUCUUCCAUCCAUGUCACAAGGAGUUAAAAAAGUCUGGGUGUUUGCUAGUACCACUAAUGGCGCAGCUGUCAACAGUUUGAACAAGGUUCCAGAAAUAGAAUAUCUGCUAAAAGUGACUAAUGUAUUCCCUAAGUCUGGAUCCCUGUUUGGUGGUACCAGAGUAACAAUAACAGGUGCUGGGUUCAGUACAAAUGGAUCACUGGCAGAGGUUAAAGUUGGUGACACUGACUGUAAUGUUGACUUCACCAGUGAGACACUGAUUGAGUGUACCAUACAAGAUACAGGAGAUGUUGUGGAGAUCACCAAUCAAGGAAUACAUAAAGUACAUGGUAAGGGCUAUGCAUGGAUUCCUAAGAAUGCCAACGCAAAAGUAGGUGAUACGAUAAGAUGGACAUGGACAACUUAUCCCUAUAUAAAUAACUUUAAACCUUGUGUAAGACAGACUGUUAACCUGACAUCCAUGGUUCUACCAGACGACGGAUUUAUCAGUGCAGCAUCACCAAAUGGUGUGUUUGAAUACAGAGUAUCAGAAGCCAAUGUGACCUAUUAUUAUUCCAGUUGUUGGAUAGAGGAGUAUGAAAUCAUCCGUUACGUUGGAACAUUGAUUGUAGAAGACAAACCUCAGUCUGUAGAGGAGGUCAUGGUAAAAGUAGGAGGAUAUGAGGCCACUUACGACGUUAAUUCAGGUGUUUCCGACCCAAAUGCACCAUCAGGGUGUAGUGAAAUAAGAACACCUAAAACAGGUUGUACCACAGCCCCACCAACAGGGGGAGCUGCUGACAAGUUUAACUUCCUAUUACAGACAUGCUUCACACCAGUAGUUAAUUCCUUCAGUACAAAUGAUGGGACAACAUCUGAUAGUAUUACAAUCUCAGGUGAAGGUUUCUCCUCUACACCCUGCCAAAAUGAAGUUUACGUUGGAGAAAACAUGUGUUCGGUCCAGUCAUCUACUGAUAGUCAGAUAGUAUGUUCACUGGAUGCAGCUAGUUCACCAUUGGUAUGCAAGCCACAAAUGUUCAAUGUUCGAGUCGCUAAUCGAGGAAAUGCCAAUAUAGAGGUCAGUGGUCAGAAUGGUAGGCGAUUUGUGUUGUAUCCAAUGAUCAGUGAUAUCUCUCCAUCCUCUGUAUCCAUCAAUGGUCAAGGUUUACUGACUAUAACAGGAUCUGGUUUCCAAGGUGAUGAGAACUCCAUUGUUGUUACAGUUGGUUCAUUGACUUGUGCAAUCCAGUCUGUUUCCUACACUGAGAUAACUUGUACAAUGCCAGCAUUUUCAGCAAGUAACCAGUUGGUAGAGGUUAAGGUCGGUGCCUAUGGACAUGUGUGUGAUGCAAGAUGUGAAGUUUCUCCAUCCUGUGAAAUAAACUAUGCUCUGGCUAGCACACCAGAAAUGACAAGUGUUGCUCCCAUAACAUUUGAUGGUACAUCUACUCCAGUAACAAUUACAGGUCAAGGAUUUGGUACAGAUAGUUCAAAUGUAAUGGUUACAAUUGGCGGGGCUGAUUGUACUGUUACCGUUGCAGCUGCUCAGACUGUUGCAUGUACAAUAACCAAUGUACCUGUUGGAUCUCAACCUGUAGUUGUAUUGCUGAAAGACACUGGAUUAGCAACAAACACUAACAAUAUACAGAUAACAAGCCAAGCAGUCAUUUCUAGCAUAACUCCAUCAGAAGGGAGUAUCCAUGGUGGUACUAUGAUUGAUAUUGUUGGAAAUGGAUUCACAGAUGAUACAGUUGUUACAAUAGAUGGAGCCACUUGUCAAAUAAGUCUUGUGACCUUGUCCUCUGUCAAGUGCAUGACACCACCACAUGCUGCACAAAUGGGAGUAGCUGUCAACGUCAUGGCUAACGGUGUAAAUUAUCCAGCUAAGCCUUUUGAUUACAAUACUGCAGCAACCCCACAAGUCAAUAGCAUCACAUUCACAACGCCUCAUGCAGGAGAAACUGUAUUCAUCAAUGGUGCUGGAUUCUCAAGUGACCAGACUAAAAAUAAAGUAACCAUAAAUUCUGUUGAUUGUCCAGUGACCUCUUCGACGUCUACAGGAGUUCAAUGUACAGCCCCUGCCCUACCUGAUGGAACACACAGUGUCGUUGUUCGUGUAGAAGGGAAAGGAUUAUCAAAUGACGAUCAAACAGUUACUUAUGUCAUUACAUUAUCAGCAAUAAAUCCAACUCAAGGUAGUGUUGGUGGUGGACAGAAGGUGACCCUAACAGGAUCAGGAUUCAGGAAUACAACAAUAGUUGAAAUUUGCAAUCAAGAAUGUGAGAGAGACAUGUCUGAGGUGCAGACAGCAGCACAAAUAAUAUGUUUAGUUCCACCAGCUAGUGGUUCAGUUACAAGUACCUUUGGAUGUGAUGUAGAAGUCCAAAACUCCCAGUCAGGAAGACGUAAAAGGAAUCCAAUUACCUUUACCUACAUGGCAAGCCUGACUCCAUCCAUCACUAAUGUAACACCACGUCGAGGGGGCACAGGUGGAGGGGUAACAAUUACCAUUGAAGGAUCUGGAUUUGGAACUGUUGCCAGUGAUAUUGAUGUUAAGAUAGCAGGGACACCAUGUACAGUAAUUAAUACCGUGGUGGAUACUCAAGUAACAUGUAUGACAGGGGAGCACUCACCAGCAGAGGUCACUAGUGUCAUGGUCCAAGUCGGUGGAAAUGGAUAUUCUAUUGAGGCUAGUCCUGGAGAUGCCAAGUUCCAGUAUGUUGAUCUGUGGUCUUCCCCCUGGACCUGGGGUGGAAACCCCCCACCAGGGGAUGGCACUUUGGUGGUUAUAAAGAAAGGACAAACUGUUGUAUUGGAUCAGAAUACAGCAUCUCUGAAAGCUUUGUUAAUAAAAGGUGGUGAGCUAAUAUUUGAUGAGGCAGAUGUAGAAAUAAAGGCAGACAACAUUUUAAUCCUAGAUGGAGGACUAUUACAGGUUGGUACAGAGGAUAAACCUUUUCAACAUAGAGCCAUUAUCACUGGUACUGGACAUGUCAGAACUAAAGAACUGCCUAUUUAUGGAACUAAGUCAGUUGGUGUUAGAGAAGGCAGACUAGAUCUUCAUGGUCAGGUCAUAGAUUUUACAUGGACAAAGUUAGCCAUGACUGCAACUGUAGGGAGUAACACAAUAAAGGUUAAAGACUCUGUGGGCAGUGGUACAAGACCAUGGAGAACUGGAGAUCAAAUUGCUAUAGCAUCUACUGGUCACUUCAACUCUCAAGUACAGAAUGAGUUACAUACUAUUGAUUCCGUUGAGUUAGACGGGGUAACUAUACAUCUGACUGAUACCCUGAAAUAUGAACAUCUUGGAACGUCUGAAACAAUUGGUGGACACACUCUAGAAUACAGAGCAGAAGUAGCUAUGUUGACACGUAAUAUUCUCGUAAGAGGGUUUAGCGACCCCCAAUGGGAAGAAGAGAUUGAAAAAUGUGAUGCAGGAUUUAAUACAGGUGAAUUUGCUGUACAAAGCUGCUUUCUUGGAAGAUUUGGUGAAGAACUAGGAAAUGAUCAGUUUGGUGUUCAAAUUAUAGUUCAUCCACCAGAAUAUGAUAAACAUCUAGCCCAGGCAUAUGUUGAAUAUGUGGAGUUUACUCAUGCAGGACAAGCUUUCCGUCUUGGAAGAUAUCCAAUGCAUUACCAUUUGAAUGGAGAUAUGACAGGAUCUUAUGUUAGAGGAUGUGCCUUCCACCAAACAUUUAAUAGAGCUGUCAAUAUCCAUGGUACUCACAAUGUAUUGGUUCAAAAUAAUGUGGGAUUUAAUGUAAUGGGUGGAGCUUUCUUUUUGGAAGAUGGUAUUGAAACAGGAAACAUUUUUGAUGGCAACCUUCUGAUAUUUGUACGGGAAAGUUCGAGUUUGCAGAAUGAUGACAUAACACCUGCAGCCUUCUGGAUCACUCACCCAAAUAAUACAGUAACGAACAAUGCAGCUGCUGGGGGAACUCAUUUUGGUUUUUGGUAUCGACUUAAAAGCACUCCAACAGGUCCAUCACGUACCGACUCUAUCAAUCCAAAACAUGAUAUAAUGGGUAAAUUUGAAGAUAAUUCAUGUCAUUCAUGUGGAUGGUUUGGUUUAUGGUUAUUUGAAGAUUAUUUGCCACGAGACAAUGGAUUAUCCAGUGGAGCUCCAACAACUGCUGUAUUUAAGAAUAUGUACACAUGGAAUUGUGACAAAGGGGCGGAGCUUGUUAAUGGAGGGGCAGUACAGUUUGAAAAUUUCAAAAUGGUCAAUAAUAGGAAAGCUGGAUUUGAGAUUAAACAAAUUAAGGAAGGUGAUUUCUAUGCAAACACUGGAGCAUUGAUUAAAGAUGGAUUUGUUGUCAUGUCUUCACCAUUGCUAGGAUCUGCCAAUAGCCCAGGUGGCAUAGUUCUUCCACUCACAAAUAGGUUGUUAGUGGAUGGAGUAGAGUUUCACGAAUGCACCCAGUCAAACUGUGCAGCCUUUAAAUAUGCAUCCAUAACAGGUAAAAGUAGUACUUAUAGUGGAGGUUGUAUGGCUCAAACUAAAAGUCUGGUAUUCAAUAAUGUUGGCCCUAACCAUAGAGGUAUAUUUGACUGGGAAUUCCAUGGACGUAUAAAGGAUUUAGAUGGAUCCUUGAUUGAUGAUGUUUCAAAAGCAGAUUGGACUAUUGCCACAACAACAGGACUAUUACCAGACACUUGUGUGGCCUUCCCAGGAUUUUCACAACCUGGAAAAAGCCCAGCCAGUAUAUGUCCUCCAGAUGUCAAAUUCCACAGAUUUUCUUUCAAUAAUAUAAAACCUGAAUCAUUAGACUUUAAAGAUUUUGAGAUAGAAAGUAGCAAUGGUAAAUCUGUUGGCCCAUGGGCAAGGAAAAGGAUGACACAUCCAAAAGGCUGGAUGGUUUAUCUGGUCAGCCAGACAACGUACACACUUACAUGGAAAGAUGCAGAUCAAACAACAAACAUUAGUUUUACUGGUGUUCUAGAUUCAAUGACGGAUGGGGACUGGGUCAUCUUUAAAAUGAAUGUAGCACAGAAACCUGAUUGUGUGGAAACUGAUGGAAUCUGUGUCAAUGAAACAGAUGCUGCAUUACUAGAUGGCAGCACUCAUUUCCAUGGAGAUUGGAUUUAUUCUCCAAACGAUAUGACAGUCACUUAUUUAGUUUCCCUGACAAAACGAGGUGCUGCAAGACGAAAGAGAGCUACAAAUGAUCUGUACCAACAAAUUAAUCUGAAAUUCCAGUUAUUUAAGUGUGCCUAUGCAGAUUGCAAGGUACCAUUAGAUCCGUAUGAUAUAGCUCCUGUAGAUGUCAGAUCAGCUGAUGCUGUAUUCUGGUCAGCUAAUACAUCAUGGCCGAAUGAAACACUUCCUGUAGACGGAGCUUGUCUCACAAUUCCUGAAGGUGUAUGGAUGGUAGCUGACACUACAAUCCCUCCCUUGUGUGAACUGAUUCUAUAUGGAACAUUGGAACUAGAGGCUGACGAUGGACAGGGAGGAAAGCGUAGUUUUGAAAUCAAGACACCACGUAUAGUUAUCAUGGGCAAAGGUCGACUGAUUGCAGGAUUCAACAUCAAUCAACCAUUCUUAGGAAAUCUACAUAUUAUUCUUCAGGGAAGCCAUAGCUCUCCUAAUUAUAUCCUUGAACCUGAUGGCAGAGACAUCGGAAAGAAGGUCAUAGGUGUUUUUGGUGGUCUUGAUUUGAAUGGUAAACUAAUAACAACAUCCUGGACAACAUUAGCAGAGAUGGCAAACAUUGGUGACCAGAGUAUAAAUAUAACUGGGGAUGUCGGCUGGGUAGCUGGAAAUGAAAUUGUUAUAGCACCAACAGGAUACAGUGCCUGGGAAACAGAAACGUUCAAAAUUAAUGCAGUAUCUGUUUUCAAUGGAAAUACAAUUCUCACGCUUAAUGAUACCGUCAAGUAUAAACAUUUAGCUCAUGAGGAGACAAUAAAUGGUAAAACUCUAUCAGUGAGAGCUGAGGUUGGAUUGUUUAGUCGGAAUAUUAAAGUAGAAGGGGAAGAUUACAGUGAUCUUUACCCAGAAUCCUUUGGUGGUUACAUCCUUGUUAGUGCUUCAUCUAUUGGAACAGGCCAUGCUAGAAUAUCAAAUGUUGAGUUCUACCACAUGGGACAAGAAGGCUAUACUGAAGAUUACGAUCCACGAUAUGCCAUUGCCUACGUUGACCACGGUCCCGUCAGUAAUAAUAAACCAUCCUAUGUGAAGUCCAAUGCCUUCCAUCAUGGUUUCUCACCUGCGAUAGGAGUAUACAACACACAGAGUCUACCUGUGGAAGAUAAUGUAAUCCAUUUUACUAUAAAAUAUGCAAUAAAGUCUAAUUCUAUGAACACACAGCUUAGAAGAAAUUUGUUAGUCCUGAAUGUGUGGGAGGGUACUUAUCUAAACAGACACGAAAUCAGUAACUACGAUCACGAUGGGUCCAUGUCAUUGAUGGAGGCAUCAAAUGUAGUACUAGAAAACAAUGCCGUGUCCGGUGGUGAGAGGUCUUGUUACCACGUUCCUCCCCAGUCAUGUGACUCAACCACAGGUUUAUACUCUGGAAACAUUGCAAGAACAUGUCUCCUUGGUGUUAUGGUACUUCCAACUGAUUCUGUGCCAGGAACUUGUGCCAAAUUCACUGGAUUUGCUAUGUCUAAGUGUGCAUACUUUGGAAUAUAUUAUAACAAUAGACCAAGUCUUGUAGUUGAUGAUGUUUGUAUUUCUGACAGUGCCGUAGGUAUAUUCCCUAUGAUCAUUGGACCAUCUGCUACUUCACACCAGUAUGAUGAUAAAGCGGCCCUUAUUUCUAAUUCCUUGAUUGUUGGUAAAUCAUCAGCCUAUGAUUGCUCCACUGAUGUUCUUGACUUAAGUGACGCCAAUAUACAAAUAGCUGUCCAAAGCAGACCUACAGAGCUCAAUAGAAGAAUUGGUGUUGUCUUUACAAGUUUUACAAGUGGAUCCAAUAAAUGUCCAGAGAAACCAUGUUUCAACAUUAUGGCCUACCAAGCAAUCAAAGGAUUAACCCGAAUUGAAGGUGUAACAUUUUCUGGAUUCAAUAAUGAGUGUUCAACCAACGGUGCUGCCAUAGCAACCAACACCAAUAACGAUGAUGGCCAACAUCCAGUAGAGGUACAAGGAUUGACAUUUGAUAAUGUUGACAUGGCUCAUCGUGCCUUUUAUCAUCGUCCUAGACUUUCAACAAUUAAUGGUGCUGACUGUGUAGACAUGGACUGUGAUGGGUUAAAGAAGGCUUUAAUCAAAGAUAAAGACAACAGUCUACUAGGUGCUGUAGGAGCUGUGGUUCCUCAGUCUGAAUUCAUGUGGAGUGAUGACGUUCAAAAUCAACGUGGUCUUGGAGAUUACAGACUUCCAAAAUCUAUGUUGACUACUGUCAGUGGAAUCAGGAUUGAUGCUGCAGAAUAUAAAGGUGUUAUAAGAAACCAGUCCUGUACAUACCAUACUGAAUGGCAAGCUUAUGAAUGCAUUGGAAUGAAUUAUGAAAUGUUAGUCAUAGAAAGCAUGGAUGAGGAUACAGAAACAAGGAGGAUUUCACCAGUGGGUAUCAUGUCCUAUGAUCAGAAUGGGUAUGGAUAUGUGGACCUUAUUAAUGGACCCCAAGAUCAUGGAUGGUGUAGUGGUUACACAUGUAGAAAACGUUUAUCCACAUUCCAGGCAUUAGUCAUAACAGAAAAAUCUUACGUCAUACAUUUCACUGGAACCACUCCACAAGGCAUGAGGUAUUUCUUACUUAAUACAGAUGACACACAAGCCAUAGUCCUGGGAGUAUGGUACUCCAAACCUUUCAGACUGGAUGUAUAUUAUAAAGAUGUACAUGUUAUGCCACAAAAUGGUGAAUAUAAAUCCAUCGGCGGUCAAGACGUCUACAACCUCAAACCAGAAAAUUUUAUAAAUGAGUACGUUCCUCUCCCAGAGGAUCCUGCAGGCACCAAUUGGUAUGAUAGGGACGAAGGAAUGUUAUACUUUGUUGUCCGUGGACCAUCAGAGAUUGAAAUAAAGACAGUUCAGGCAGUUAUUAUCAGCUUCAAAUAUCCGCCAGCCACAGUUGAUGUUUUCUAUGGAGCACAAGUUGUACAAUAUAUUGCGGAUUUCUUUGAUAUUGACCCAGAGAAGGUGCGUUUGGUUAACAUUAUCAGUGCUAAUUCUGGAGGCGGAAGGAGACGUAAAAGAGCUGCUGAUUCCGAUGUAUUAGUUAUUGAAAUUGGAGAUGAACCCUCUUAUAAUUAUAAUGGAACUGUUCCAAACCCGUUGACAUGGGAACAACUACAGCAGGUUUUGUCUAUGUUUGUGGAUCAAGGUCAGCUGGGUAAUUUUAGCGCCAUUCUGAAUGGUAAAGUUAUUGGUGUGUCAGUAGUUCCACCACAGUCCCGUAAUGAUUCUACGUGGGCCACAAUUAAUGAUGGGACUCUUCAAGGAUACAGGAUCCUUGUGGUAGUAGAUAGAUUAGCCAUUCAUCAGAAUAUAGUACCUACCUAUGAAGGAUUACCAUUCACUAAACAGCCUAAGAUCAAAGUCUUAGAUACAUAUGGAAACAGAAUAUCAGAACUUGGUACAGAAGAGUACCCCUGGUUUGUCACGGCAACCUUAAGGGGAGGUAACCCCUCUGGUGAAUUGAUGGGAAACACAACAGUACAGUUUGUUGAUGGCUGGGCUAACUUUACCAAUCUAGGAAUCAACUGGUUUGGUUCUGAUUACAUCGUAGACUUUAACAUAUCAUCGCCACAAGAAGGAGAGAAUUACACUGUAUCAUCUGAUCCCAUUACUAUACCAGCUCGACAAAUACAUGCUGUUAUCCUUGAUGGAAGCAUACAAGUAGUAGAACAAAGCUCUAUGUCUGUAACCAUAGAACUGAGGGAUUCUAUAUCAGGGAUGGUUGUAGAGGAUAUAGCAUGGAGGAACCAUGUAUGGAAUGUAGAAGCCACGUUAAGUAAACCUGAAUUAUACAAGGGUACAUUAUCUGGAUCAAGACAGAUUGGAUUUGAGACAUCUAACUCUAGAGCCUCAUUUUCUUCUAUACAAGUAUCAUCAUAUGGGAUGUAUAUUGUCAAAUAUCAUGUAGCAUCUGUUCCUGCAGACUACGACUUCUAUGUAGAACAUUUGGUUACAGCUAGAGGACAGCACCAUGUAACCAUGCCAAUGGAUCAAACAGUGGAACUAAAAUUGAAGUUUAGUGAGAAUUAUCAAACUGUUAUAGGAGGUGAAGGGAAUUACGCUGCAGCCUACUUAGGAAGCUGGUUUGCUCAUGAAAACCAAAACAUUGAAGUUCUCAAAUCAACAGUUUCUUCUGGAAGUAUAAUUUGGAUCUUGACAAUAAAUGGUACAACUACCAGCAUCAACAACACCUUGUACUCUACAUGUAAUGUUAUUGGCAAUGGAGUAACAGGGCUGUCUUACAAUGGUUACAAUAUGACAAUGGCCAAGUUUUUGACCCAUGAUGGCAAAACAUUCACUGAAGACCAAUGUUAUGAGGAAUCUGAUGAUGAGAAGAAAAAUUUUAUGCUUGCAAUAAUUAUAGCCUGUGCUAUGAUUGGUGUAGCUUUGCUUGCUUUGAUUAUCUUCUGUUGCCUGUGGAAAUGUAAAGUCGUUCCAAAGACUAAAACUGCAGAUUUGAAGCAUGAUUAUUAUAGUAGAGAUGUAGACAGCAUACUGUUCAGGGAGAAAUCAUUUAUGAGUAUAACAUCCAAUGAUAAAUCAGCUGCUCCCAAGUCUACUAAUCUGGAUUUUGGUUAUUACCAUGGAAAGAAGUCCCCAGUAGCUCCUCUUCCUCUCGACUUCUAAAGACUUGCUAGAUUUUCUUUUUAUAACAUAUAAAGACUGAAAAUUGUUAUAACACAUUACGACUGAAAAGGGCAAACAUGAAAUUGUUAACUUAAUAAA